AUGUUUUUGAGUUUGUCUUGGAGCCUCCAUCCCGGGACUGUGGAGAGUGUUUAUUCCGAUCUGCAGCCCAAGGCACUCAAAAUCCUGCUCAUCAUGCGCAUAGGUACCAUUUCCAUCAAGUACCUUACCAACCGAGAAAAGGAGAGAGAAACGGGAGAAAGAGAGAACCUUGAGGCUUGGAGAAUUUCGCCCGGGUCAACCACGGAUGUAACGCUGCUGCAGACGGUGGGAACCAGUUGGCAAUACGUCGACCAAUUGGCGGCGUCCAAGUUCCAUCAAAGCCGUCAUGAAUGGAAAGAAACGUCUCCUUCUGAAAGCAGAGGAAAGAAAGAAGACGCCUCUCUGAAUUGCCAACGGCGGGAAGGCGUAGGUUGGCGCAGCGCCACCACUACCGGGAACCGCCUCUAG